AUGGAGGGGCGGAGGACCUGGGAUGGCGUGCCCCUGGGAGAGUCCCACUCGCCGCCGCAGUCGGUCCCUGGUCGGAGGACGCCGCUCGGCGCCGUCGGCCUCGGCGGCUUCUACAUGCAGGGCGGCCAGCCUCCGCCGCCUCCACAGCACUGCUACCCAACCGACGAGAACCAACCGGAGCCCGGGACCAGCUACUCCCAGAGGUCAGUGAACCUAAUACCGAUUGGAGAUGGCAAGGGAAAGCAGAAAAUGCGUCAAGGGAAAUCGGUCAGACUCAACAUCAAUGCGAGAGAACGAAGAAGAAUGCACGAUUUGAACGAUGCCUUAGAUGAACUACGCGGUGUCAUCCCUUACGCUCACUCGCCGUCCGUUCGAAAACUGUCCAAAAUUGCAACGCUGUUGCUCGCCAAAAAUUAUAUACUAAUGCAAGCUAGUGCUCUUGAAGAAUUACGCAGGCUAGUAGCAUACCUACAAAGCACCGCUUCGGCGGCGGGCAUUGUACCACCACCAGGGUUCGACCUGACUGGUUUCCCAGCUGCUGCAAAAUUACUUCAACCUCCUGCGCCAGGGCCACCCGCCCCUCCAGAGCCGCCAUCU